AUGGACGAUAAAAAUUCAUUUUUCAUGCAAGCUCUUACACUGUUACUGUCGUUUAUGGAGGAGGAUCUGAAAGCUGCUCUUUAUAUCGGUCGAAUUCUUUUAUUUCGUGCGUAUUUUCUUUACGAUACACGUAUUAGUCCUAAUUACGAGCAAACCGUUGUAGCUCGGUUGCUAGCAACCUUCUAUGCAGCUACAUCCUACACAGCCGUGGACACCUUCGUUGUCAUGCUCGUUCUUCGCACUUGUGGACAACUUUCAAACCUAAAACGAGAUUUGAUGAAUUUGCUAAUCUAUAUCGUCGAGAAACACGAUUAUCUUAACAGAUUCGCCGACACGAUCGAAGAUCGAUUCAACGUAAUGCUACUGAUCCAGAUGCUCGGCUGUACCGUACAAUUGUGUUUUCAAUGUUUCCAGGCGCUCUUGUCAAUAAUCGGAGAACCGAAUGAACUCUUUCUCUUGGAAAUAUCCUUUCUAAUACUUUACGUGUUUUACGUACUAAUUCAGCUUUAUCUUUAUUGCUACGUCGGCGAGAGACUUCUUUCAGAGAGCACGAAUAUUCUACAAGCCGUUUAUGACUGCGAGUGGUACAAUUUAAAAACGAAGGAGGCUAAAUCGCUUCUAAUGAUUAUGCAUCGUGCACGAUCGCCGUUGUGUCUCACGGCUGGUAAAUUCUGUACCUUCACGCAAGAAUUAUACAGUAGCGUAAGUGUGUAUGUUUAAAAGAAAAA